AUGUCACCCGAUCCUUUUUCAGAGUUUUCUUUUAUGAAAACUAAAUUGAUUGGAUUUCAAGAUGAUUUUGGCUCUUCAACACAGCAGCUUCAUAAUCAACUCCUGAAUGCACGACAAGAGUUUCAAGAAAACAUAAAUCACCUAAGAUAUGAGUGUUUGAAAAUAGAAUCCGAGAUAGAUUCCCUUAAAUUGCGUGAAGCUGAAAUUGGGCAUUGCAAAGAAAGAGAGGUCACAAAUCUUGAAGACUCUAAAAUUAAGUUCAAGGCACUUCAAUUGAAAGAAGAGAACUUGAUAUUACACAAGAAAACACUAAACGAAGGGAUUUCAGCUUUGCAAAAACAGGUCGAUAUCAAGCAGAAGCAAGUGCAUAUACAUAAACAACAGAUACUACAAAACAGUGAGCUCAAUUUGCAGGAAAUGCUGAAGUUUGAGAAGUACCUGGGGUUGAGUAUCGAGAGCAUCGCUGACGAUGUUCUCAAAUUCUACUUUAUCAACAUCAAUCCUAAAGAUUACCAGAAAGAGGUUACAUUUAUUUUGGAAAUUGGGAACCACUAUGUUGUCAAAGAUUGCCAACCAACGUUGGAGGUUUGCAGAGUCAAAGAAAUUGAAGAAAAAUUUAACCAUAGGAGAGAUUUAAAGAACUUCUUGAAAGACAUGAGAAAUGCGUUAAAAGACAAAUUGAUUGGAUUUUAA